GGACACAUUUUACUACUUUGGAAGUGUCUCUCGCGCAAAGUAUUCAGUUUAGAAAAAAAAAUGAGACACCUCAAUAUCAUUUUUGAAGACCUAUCCAUAGAUACCCUACACGUAUGGGUUUGAUGAAAAAAAAAAAUUGAGUUUCAUUUCUAUGUGGAACCCCCAAAAUUUAUUGUUUUUUUUUUUUUUGUGAAAAUCUUAAUGCAGUUCACAAAAUACAUCUACUUACCAAGUUUCAACAGUACAGUUUUUAUGUACUUUCGGAAAAAAGUGGCUGUGACAUAGACGGACAGACAGACAGACAGACAUGACGAAUCCAUAACGGUUCCGUUUUUUGCUAUUUGGCUACGGAAUCCUAAAAAUGGUCCCCAGAUACGUGUUAUAGUGACCAAUAGACUGGCAGCGUUACCCCUUUGGAUGGCCAGACUUAAUAUCUGGGCGAAGUAGCUGCCAGCACUUUGGUAACCUGAGGCACCCAUGAGCCGCUGAGAAAUCUCUUUGAGCAGGGAUUACCCGCUGGGCCUCCACGGUCCUAGAGUUUCUACACCAAACGGCGCAAAUAUGUUGCAUGGGAAUUCACUUUUGGUUUUUUGUUUCAGAUAUUUGUAUUGUCACCAUUUUAUGAACCAGGCAUGCCGCAGGCUUUAGAUAUAUGUUGGAUCCAACCUUCAGUCGCGCCGAGCGUCUCACCUGGGUUGCCAUAAUGAUAGUUAGCGUAGCAGCCUGCGCUGGCAACAUCACGCAACUGUUCCUCAAAUGGACGUCCACUCCGUUUGUUAAUGUCAUCGACUCCCUGCCUUCGCCGGUCUGGGCGGUGCCGUUCCCUAACGUCGUUCUAUGUCCCCAUCUGCACGUCAAGCUGUCAUAUAGAAACGUAAACCGGUUCGAUAAUUUGGAGAAAUUCUUCGCUUCGCUGGUCUGUCCCCAAAUGAGCAAGGAAAACCGGGCCCUGGACGAAAGGAUGACUCCGCAGCAGAACCUGUUACUGGAGAAAUUUAUUUUACAGGGUGCCCCAAAGUGCACGGAAGUGAUAAAAUCCUGCUACUGGCGCGCGACCUCGCAAACAUGGCUGACGGAGGAAUGCUGCGCCAAGCUGUUUAGCCCAGUCUUCACCAACUACGGUCUCUGCUUCGCUUUCAACAGCCUACCACUCCACGGCAUGACAAACGUCACAACCGCUUGGCAGCGCACUUUCUCACCCUCCGUCUCCCAAAAGACCCUGGACUGGGGGCUGGACGCGGGCUACCCGAAGGUGUUUCCUCCCGACCCUGCCAUGGAGCCGUUCAGGGUGAUGGCAUCUGGGGAGACGAACGGGCUGGGGGUGGAGCUGUACCUGAACGAUAGUGAACACCAGGUGGCUUGUGAUGGCGCUAGUGUUGGGUUUAAUUUAAUCAUCAGCUCCCCAACCAACCACGUGUACACCAGCACCAUCAUCCGUCUACCCAUGGACCGGAUGACCACCAUCGAGGUGUACCCCAUCACCUACCGAACGGAUUCUUCCCUUAAAGGCCUGCUGCCGGAACGGAGACAGUGCUUCUUCCAGGAUGAGAGGAAACUGGAAUAUUUCGAGUCCUAUACGGAUAGUAACUGCAAGCUGGAUUUGCUUAUUCGGGAGGCCAGGAAAUGGUGUAAUUGUGUUCAUUACAAUUGGCCAAAGAAGUCCCCUUCUGAGCCUAUUUGUUCGACCAAAGCGGAUUUCCUGUGCAUAAACGAUGUUAAAGCGAAAGUAGAAGAACAGCUGAUAUACGCUUAUUUCGCGGAUAGUGAAGAACAACGAAAACCAACGGGCCAGUCCAGCUCAUGUCACCCGGCUUGCAACGACGUCAUAUACAACAGUCAAGUGUUUUAUUCGGAUCUGAAGACAGACCCAGCUGAAUCGCCCAAGUGGGGGUAUCCUGGACCGGGGGAAAUAACUCGGCUCAAUGUUCAUUUCUACGACGACAGCUUUCUUGGGCAACAUCGGCAUGCGCAGUACGAUGAUUACUAUUUCGUUGGAGCCAUCGGCGGCCUGCUGAGCCUGUUCCUCGGCUUCAGCAUCAUAAGCGUGGCGGAGCUAAUCUACUUCGUACUGCUGCGACCAUUGCACGCAGUGGUCACCGAAAUCUGCCAUCGCCACAGGACUUAAAUGAACUUG